AUGGACGGGCCUGGAAGAAACGCAAGUGAAUCCGGGAUUUAUAAAAAGAAGCGAGGGCGCAAGCACAAGUCGCUGCGCAAGUCUCGGUCCGGAACCGAGACACUUCAUGGUAUGUCUGCCCGGCAGACACAAGAGCCAAUCGUGGCCGUCGAGACGUCGAACGUCUUGACGCGGGCCUGUGCUGAGUAUCAGCACAAGCAUAUGGAGUUGGAGAACCCUCCUGCUGAUACGUCGGAGUUGACCUCGCUACCAGUCAUGAGCUGGAAGCGCUUCGCAAAGGAUCUGUACGAUGGACGCAUCGAACAGCUAUGCACGCUUUCGGACCGAAAGUGUAGUGGGCCUAGUGCUCACUACCUAGCUUACACGUGUACGCACGUGUGUGAGGAAGCGUAG